GUGGCGCUUGAUUUAUCGUCGUCCCCACACAAACACCCCACACGACCCCGCCCCCGUGAACUGUCACCGAUCAAAGUGAGUGCUCAGCGAGGCUUUUGUGGAUACGUGGAAUCACCCGUGAAACCCCUUAAUCCUUUAGUCGAAAUGUCUGCCCUACGCCUGGCCGUCCUUGUGGCAGCCUGCCUGUCGCUCGCCUCAGCCGGCACCCAGCAGCUGAAGCUGGACAAUGUUCAGCCGCCAGCCACCUUGGCGGAGCUCGCCGAUUACCGGCUGUCGGAGCAAAUCACUCCUGUCAGCUACAACAUCACGCUGCGUCCCUAUCUGCUGGCAAGCGAUGCCAAACGCUUCACCUUCGACGGCGAGGUCUGGAUCGAGGUCAUACCGAAGCUGGCCACAAAGAGCGUGCAUUUGCACUCGAAAAAUCUCACCUACUCGGUCUCCGAGUACUGGGCAAAGCCGGCGGCAGAUGGGGCCGCUCCCACGGCCACCAAAUUCAACGCUGUCAACAUAACCGAUCUGGAUACGGACAUUGUUCAGCUGACAACCGUUGCCGAUCUGGCGCUCGGUCAGGCCUACAUUCUGCACUUUGUCUACACGGGUCUGAUGCAGGACGAUAUGCACGGCUUCUAUCGCAGCUCCUAUGUGGACGACAACAACGUGACCAAAUGGCUGGGCUCCACUCAGUUCCAGACGAAUCACGCCCGACGCGCCUUCCCCAGCUUCGAUGAGCCCCAGUUCAAGGCCACCUUCAAUGUGACACUGAAGCGCCACUACACGUUCAACACGGUCAGCAACACCCGCCUGCUGACAUCCAAUCCCAGCACAGAGAGUGGCUACUUUGAGGAUGUGUACGCAACGACGCCAAAGAUGUCUACCUAUAUUCUGGCCUUCAUCAUUUCCGAGUUCACGGCCCGCAAGGACGAACAGUUCGGCGUGCUGGCCCGUCCCGAAUACUAUACCCAGACGCAGUACAGCUUCAAUGUGGGUCGCAAGAUCCUGCAGGAGAUUGGCAAAUACCUGAACCUGGACUACUACACGCUGGGCAACGACAAGAUGGAUAUGGCUGCGAUACCCGAUUUUUCGGCUGGUGCCAUGGAGAACUGGGGUCUGCUCACCUACAGGGAGCGCAGUCUGCUGGUGGAUGAGUCGGCCACCACUUUGGCCUCGCGCCAAUCGAUUGCCGCUGUGGUCGCCCACGAGCAGGCGCACAUGUGGUUCGGAGAUCUGGUCACCUGCCAGUGGUGGAGCUACACCUGGCUGAACGAGGGUUUCGCACGCUAUUUCCAGUACUUUGGCACCGCCUUCGUGGAGAGCGAAUGGGAGCUGGAGAAGCAGUUUGUGGUUGAUCAGAUACAGUCGGUGAUGGCCAUGGACUCGACCAAUGCCACCAAUCCGUUGAGCGAUGAGAACACCUACACCCCGGCCCAUCUCAGCCGCAUGUUCAACAGCAUCUCCUACAACAAGGGCGCCACAUUCAUUCGCAUGAUCGAGCACCUCAUGGGUCCCGAGUCGUUCCAGAAGUCCCUACAGGAGUACCUUAAGGAAUACUCAUACCAAUCCGCAAGGCCCGAGUAUUUGCUCAAGUCCUGGCAGCAGAACUGGAAUGCAAGCAGAUUUAAUGCCAGCUCGCAGGAAAUCUUCGACAGCUUCACCACCCAGGUGGGCUAUCCACUGGUCACAGCCAACUUGGCCGCCGAUGGCUUCAGUGUGUCCUUUACCCAGAAGCGCUUCCUGCUGAAGGAGAACGACGGUGCCAAUGCCAGUCUGCAGUACAGCAUCCCCAUCACCUACUCGAACAGCCUGAACAACAACUUUGUCAAUACCACACCCAAGUUUAUCCUCAAUCCCAGCCGCACGACCACGGUCACCUUCACCAAUACUUCGACUCCCCUCACCUGGAUCAUUGUCAACGUACAGCAGACGGGCUACUAUCGCGUCAACUACACGGAGAGCAACUGGCGUGCCAUUAGGACCAAUCUGUUUGCGGCCAAUUGGACAGGCAUUCACGAGAACAAUCGUGCCCAAGUGGUCGAUGAUCUGUUCAACUUGGCCCGCGCCGGUUACAUUCACUACGGCCUGGCCCUCGAAGUGCUCGAAUACCUGGAGACGGAGAUCAACUACAUACCCUGGACGUCGGCCUUCAACGGCUUCAACUAUCUGUCCAUUCGGCUGGGCAAUGACACGACCCUCUUUGGUGGCUACAUUCAGGACCUUACCAAGAAGGCCUACCAGAAGCUCGGCUUCAACGAAACGACCAACGACAGUGCGCUGGACAUUUAUCUGCGCACAAAGGUGCUCAACUGGGCCUGUCGCUACGGCAGUGCCGACUGUGUGCGUCAAGCCAAGAACUACUUCAAUUCGCUGAGCACCGUGCCCAAGAACAUUCGCUCUACGGUCUACUGUGUGGGUCUGCGCGAGGGCGGAGCCGCGGAGUUUGAAGCUCUGUAUCAGAAGUUCAAGACGGAGACUGUCGCCACCGAGGAGACGCUGCUGCAGAACUCCUUUGGCUGCGUCAAGACCGAUGCAUUGAUUAACCGCGUCUUUGAGCUGGUGCUCUCGGACGAGAUUCGUCUGCAGGACAAGUCCUCGGUGCUGGCCACGCUCUACACGGAGAACAACGAGAAUAUCAGCCCAGUCUUUGCGCUGGUCACAAAGGAGUUUGAGGCCUUGGCCACAGCUAUGGGUGGAUAUUCGCCGGUGGCCACGGUCAUCUCGAACAUUGCUAGCCGCUUUACCGAGCAGAAGCAGUACGAAGAUCUGCAGACCUUCAACAGGAACAACAGCGCCAAGUUCGGCACCGCUGCCGCCACUCUGACGGCGGCUGAGGUCACAGUCCUGGAGAAUCUGCAGUGGUCCGAGGCCAAGCUGGGCGUCUUCCGCGCCUAUCUGGCUGUGCGCAACGGCAGCGCCAUUGCCAGCGCCUUCAGCGCCCUCACCAUGAUCAUGGUGGCCCUGGCCACAUUGUUGCGUCAGUAAGCCCAUGGCCCAUGGCUAGACUUUAAUAUCAUCCAAAAGAUUAGCCCAAUAGUGCCAAGUGCAGUCCAUAACACAACCCAUAAAAGUAUUUGUACACUUAGCACAGCCAAUAAAAAUUUAAUUUUCAGAUAA